AUGCGUCUGCGCCACGCGUGCGCGCGUCUCGCCCGCGUCGGCGCCCGCUCUCGACCAUCGCACCAGCCCCACCGACCGAUGACACGCGUGCCUCUACACGCCGCGUCCGUGGGCGACGUGUACACGGUCGAGUGCGUCGACCUCGCGAGCACGGGUGAGGGCGUGUGCAGACUUCCAGACGGUUUGGUUCUCUUGUGCGCCAACACCGCGCCGGGAGAGGUCUUGGAGGUCGAGUUAAGCUCGGUCGGGAGGUCUUUCGCGCGUGGAAUGAAGUUGUCGAGCGUGCGCGCGAGCCCGUCGUGCGUGACGCCGCCGUGUAGACACUACGCGCGGUGCGGCGGCUGCGCGUGGCAACACGUCGAUUACGAGACGCAGCGAGAGCGGAAAGGUCGGACGGUGCGAGAAGCGUUGACGCGUGUCGGCCGAUUCGUAGAUGGGGAUGACUUGACUUCGGCGUGCGUUGGGACGAAGGAGACGACAAGGUACAGAAAUAAGAUGGAGUUCGCGUUCGGGAGCGACGCGAGUGGCGGCGUGGUGGUCGGUUUGCGGCCGAGAGGCACGAACGAUUCGAUCGUCGAUCUCGAGUUUGGGUGCUUGCUACAGAGCGAAGCGGCGGAUGAUGUGCUAUCGGCGGUGCGGGCGUCGCUGAAGAGGGUGCGCGGACGCAUUGAUGCGUUCGAUAGGACGACGGGAAAAGGAACGCUUCGCAGCGUGACUAUUCGCACGGCGACAAGCGGAGACGGUAAGAGAUCCCUCAUGGUGGAUUUAGCAACGACAGCGAGCGAAAAGGAGCUCACGAGUGGAGCGCUCGCUGAGUUGAUCGCGGAUAUCACGAAGCACGAGGCUGUUACUAGUGUUGUGCACACGACGGUACCAGCGGAAGCUGAGCUUCGACGAGCGGGAGUCGGGAGAAGCGCCAAGUUUGUCAAGGGUGGCAAGAAACCAAUCUCGAAGAGGAAAGUCGUGACGCUUUACGGUGAAAAUAAAAUUGUGGAAACACUACAUGGGGUGAAGUUUGAACUGUCUUCGGCAUCAUUUUUUCAGACGAACACUGAGCAAGCGGCUCGCCUCGUGCGAGAAGUCGUCGCGGGGUGCGGCUUCGCUGGCGAUCGAUCUGAGACCGUACUCGAUUUAUUUUGUGGCGUGGGGACGAUGGGAUUGAGUGUGGCGUCGAACGCAAAGCGAGUAAUAGGGUGGGAAGUCGUCCCAGAGGCUGUGGAGGACGCGAGGCGAAACGCAGAAAUCAACGGUAUCACCAACGCAGAUUUCUACCGCGUCGAUUUAUCCCGCUUGAACCCGUCGAAGGGCACCAAAGCGCUGUUGACGACUCCACAGGGCGAUGUGCUUCCGAUGCCGGACAUAGUUAUCACGGAUCCGGCGCGACCGGGAAUGGACGCGUCGCUCAUCGCCAUUUUGCGCACCAUCGGAGCGAGACGAAUCGUGUACGUCUCGUGCAAUCCCGCAACGCAAGCUCGUGAUUUGGCCCUGAUUACCGCUCCCUCUCAGGGUUCACAGGACGCAGCGUACGUGUUGAAACUGUGCACGCCGGUGGACAUGUUCCCGCACACCGCGCACGUAGAAUCAGUCGCGGUACUCGAUCGAAUCAACGCGUGA